CGCAAGUGUAUGGAUUUGUUUAUGUGUUUAAAGCAUAUAUAUAUAAGAGAAUUAAAGUUUAUAUUUUCAUUAAUUUAAGAACAAAUUUCAUUCUUCUAGUGCAGUUUUAUUAAUUUCUUUAAUUAAACACCAAGUUUUGUGUUACAAUCUAAUGUGAAACACCCUGGGAAAUAAACUACAGAAUUUACCAUGGAAACCGACAAUGAGAAAGAUUCCAGACCUCUAUCGCCAAUUUUAAAUAAGAGCCUUGUAUACCGAAGGAAGUCGUUCACACGUAGACCAAGUAAAACACGUAUCAAUCUAUCAGAAAGGUUUGAGACACCCUCUGAAACACGCGAGGUCCCCGAGGACAGCCGGUCUAGUUGUGAUUUCGAAUUUAAAGUACCUGUUUCACCGGCAUCAAAAGCAAAAGUUGUAGGUUUUACAACGGCCUCAGGUAAGAGUCUGCAUGUCUCAUCCGAAUUGAUUAACGGUCGGUACGAGAUGUACAAGCAUAUACUGCAAGCGGACGUUAGUGAUGAAUCGCUGGUGGUAUUUCGAAAAGACUUUAGUUUUAUAAGUUCACUUAAAUCGCACGGGCCUGUGACCUCUAAUUCUGCCCAAUCGGCACUUGAUACACAGACUGCUGUAACAGGUGAAGUUGUGGAGUCGUGUUCAGAUCGAGAGGUGAGGGGUUUUACUAUUGAUGAAUGUAACUUUGCAUCUGACUUACUGAGACGUUUUAACCAGUUACUCGAUGAGUCGGUUAACGAACCUCCGGCUAAAAAAUUUAAGGCCAACAACGACGAGUGCGGUCUUUUAGAUGAUACAUUACUUAAUGUAUUUGCUAAAGAAGACUCAAGUCUACUUGCAGAGAAUAUUGCAAGGGAACGGUUGGAAUUUGAUUCAGAAGCUGAAGUACCAGAAAAUGACUCACUUCCACGAAGAGAAGGAGGAAUAACAAAGGAAGUGGUAUAUGAAGGCGCUUGUGUGUAUAAGGAGGGUAAGGAUAUCGACCCUCAUUUGCCCUUGAUGCCAGGGUUUACAACAGCAGCAGGUGGGACUAUUGAAAUAUCCGAAGAGGCUCUGAGAAGGAGUGAAAAUCUCCUUGAAGAUAAGUUUCUAAUGACUCCUGGUGAUAUGGAGCGAAAUAUCGAAUCUUCAGGCGCGUCAGGUUUUCGCACAGCUGCUGGGGGAACAAUCGGGAUAUCAGAAGAAGCUUUGAAAAAGAGCAAGAAACUUUUUGCGGAUGAUCUUCACACGAAGAUGGAAACCAAGCAGGAGGAGUAUUGUGAAGAUGUGUUGGGUUUUGCGACAGCUGCCGGCGGGAUUAUUCCAAUAUCAGAGGCGGCUUUGAAGAGAAGUGAGGCAAUUUUGGCAGAUCACCUCUGGUGUUCUCCUGAGAAGAAACAAUUGGCUGGAUUCGCGACAGCUUCAGGAGGAGUGAUUAACAUAUCUGAAGAAGCAUUGAAAAGAAGCAGAGAGCUUCUUGGAAAUGAUCUUCCCAAUGAAAAACUUGACCGCCUGUGCGAGGGAUUUACUACAGCAGCUGGUGGUAUGAUUAAAGUGUCAGAGGAAGCUUUAAAAAAGAGCGCAAAGUUUCUCGAACAAGACCUGCCUCCACCUGAGCCGACUGGGUUUAGUACUGCUGCAGGUGAAGGAAUUAAAAUAUCCAAGGAAGCUUUAAAACAAAGUGAGAGACUUUUUGGGAAUGAGGUUUAUGAAGUGUCUAUCGCUAGCAAAGAUCCAGACUUUCCAACCGCAAGUGGAGGUGACGUAAGUAUCCCCAAAGAUGCAUGGAAGCAAACUGGUAGAAUAUUUUCGGAUGAACUUCUUGCUCUUCCUUCGUGCGAAAAUUCGCCGAAUAUCUCCGGAAUUACGAAAUCUCAGUCUAAUAGUCGGUGGACGAAUUCAUUUAACAACACCCCAUUUACAUCUCCUACAUGUGGAACUCCUACCUCAACAAGUGGUAUUAGGAAACGAUUGGGCAUGUCGCACUGUAAGCAGAUCGCCAUUAACAACCAGUCAAUGGCGCAGGCCGUAACGCUAUUCAAGGAUUUAGAUAAGCCCUCUUCAAACAUUUACAGUUCUACCCCCUUAAAAGACGAGAACCAACUGCAACUCGCUCCAAAACACAGCCUCUUAACCGAAUUAAGCAUUACCCCCGUGAAACACGUCAGUCCCACACCCCUAGUGGAGACCACAUCGUCUACAGUCCUUCAAGAACAAACCCCCGGCGACACUCACUUGUGGAUGACCAGCGUUCGAAAGCAGUACCGCGUUUUGCUAGAGCAAUUAGACAUUUUGAAAAAACGCGAAGUUGCCUUGGAAGAACAGCAGAAGUAUUUGGAAAGCCAAAACAAUUCGAGGCGCAGGCAAACUCUGGGCAUAUUGUCGGAGAAGCGCGCGUCGGGUAAACGGUUGGGCUUAAGGGAGGCGGUCGCCGAUCGAAAACUGGGCGAUAGAGGAGCGAGCAACUCCAUUACCUUCCAACAUGCGGCGUUGGUACAUUUUACCAUAAAAUCUAAUGAAAUUCCGCCAGUCGUCUACACCGAAGAUGGUGCCGUAUUAAUACCAAAUUUGCAGAAUUUAAUCGGGUUGUCCGAAGUGGAAGUCGCUUUCAAGGCGAUGAUCGGCGUCGACCCGAAGCUUAUACCGACUGGGUGGAUUUGCAACCAUUAUAAAUUGAUCGUUUGGAAAUUGGCAGGUUACGACCGCAAUUUACCGGGUACUUUCGUCGAAUGUCUCACCGUCGAAAACGUCGUCCAACAACUGAAAUAUCGGUACGACAGGGAAAUUGAUAAAGCGGAACGUUCGGCAUUACACAGGAUCGUGGAAAGGGACGACGUCCCCCAAAAACGAAUGGUGCUUUGCGUUUCGAAUAUUAUAAAGGAAGGCAACGCCUUGGAGAUUGAAUUAACCGAUGGCUGGUAUUGCAUUCGAACGGUAAUUGACGAAUUGCUCAAAUUUCAAGUAAAGAUCUCGAAAAUUGUGAUCGGUACAAAAUUGAUCGUGCAAAAUGCUGAACUUUUAAAUUGUGACGGUUGCCACCCUCUCGAGCUUCCAAAUCAUGUGCGUUUGCGAAUUAACUAUAAUUGCACAAGGCGCGCUACCUGGUACUCCAAAUUGGGUUUUCAGAAGGACAUGAAACCAUUUCCCGUUAGUCUUGGAGGUUUACACAGCGAUGGAGGUGGCGUAGGGUGUAUAAGGAUCCAUAUUUUUAGAGUAUACCCAAUACGUUACUUGGAAAAGUGUGAGAUGGGAAAAUCAGUGUGGCGGAAUAAGAAGGCGGAGGAUAGGCGCAUGCAGGAAUGGGAGAACGAACGCUUGAAAAUGUUAGAAUCGAUUAAUCGGAGGGUAAGUGACGAGUUUGAAAAGGAAUUGAAGGGCGCCGAAGCUGGUUGUAAAGUUAAUUAUACGAAACUCUCAGAAGUAAAAUCAAACGAAGUGUUAUGCCAGAUCGCCUGUAACGAUCCUGAAAUUCUUAAGGAAUCGCUUUCGUCUUCACAAUUGGAAGGAGUUCUCCAAUUUCAACAGGAGAUUUCAAAUCAACGCCGUCAAGAGAUAUCGACACGAGUAUCCAACGCGGUAAACAAACUAACGCUAAGCAAAAGACAAGUAAGUUCGGUCUUGAAGACACAAGUUGUCGAUCGUAUCAAGGAAACCGCGCGAACCUUCACACUUAAUAUUUGGAACCCGACAGAAGAGCACCUGCAACUCCUAAAGGAAGGGUCCGGCUUCUUUGUGUAUAAUGUCAUACUUAAGAGCAAUGGCGAUUUCGGCUCGACGAGUAAGACUUACUUUACGCAGGACAAUUCCACUUUCCCCAAAAUAAAACUGUACCAAAGAUGUUUUCGGUCAAUAUCAUCAUUGCACCAGUCUUCUUCUCGUCCACUGAUCAACGAGUAUGACACAGUAGGUACGAUCGUUCAGAUUAACAAACUACCAACAAAUCAAGAGAUGUGGCUAACUGAUGGUAAUGCGAAUUUGUUGUACAUGAAAAUUUACCAUGGCGCCGACACGUGUUGCUUGUUGGACAACGUGAGCCGUGGACGAAGUGUUGCAUUACUCAAUUUAUUGUAUUGUGAGCGUCGCCUAACCGUCAUGCACGCUAUUGCCAAUCAAUGCUCUGUCGUUACCAGUUUUCCACAGCAGAAGUUUUUGCAAGCACAGCUUGACCAACACGUAGAACAACUGCCAAAAGAUUUAUCUCAACUCCUUGAAUCUUGUGAUAAAAAAAUACAAAACGCAGGGAUCACCUUAGAAAAAGGUAUGCAAAGUUCGAUCAGUAUUUCCCAACUGAGUUCGCUUGUUGAAACGACUGGGAGUUACAGCGAAAUUGACGAUAGCAUGGAAGACAACACAUUGAUACCAUCGAGACUGACUAGUACCGAUGUGGCUAUGUCUCUAAUUGAUACUGACCAAUAUUUUGAAUCUGUAUAGGUAAUAUCAUACUGUUCUUGGUUUGUUUAGGCUGUGUCAAGUUCUUCAAUUAAAACAUGUUUUCUUUAUCAGAAAUAAAUAUUUUUGUUAUUUUA